AUUACACCAUAGUAAAGAAGACAUUCGAUGAGCAUGAGACCCCCAGCAACCAUCCUCGUGUUGCAGGUGGACUAAGCAGGACCUAGAGCCCCAUCGCGGUGCCUCCACCUCACUUACUGACUCACUGAUACAUAAGAGACACAAUGACCAGAAGAUCCUGGAACUCACCAACAAGAUCAUUCAGCUGCUGACUGGAGAGGUGACUGCUGGGAGGGGGAGUAUAUAGAGGAACACAGGGGUCUGUACAAGGACGUGAUGAUGGAGAAUCACCAGCCCCUCACAUCACUGGAUGGGCCCAGUAACAGAGAUACCCCAGAGAGAUGUCCCCGUCCUCUGUAUUCCCAGGAUUGUACAGAGGAGAAUCAAAGGACCCCACAGGAGGAUCAGUACAUGACUGAUAUGAAGGCAGAAGAUAUAGAGGGAGCAGAAGAGACGUAUGUGACUGAUAUGAAGACAGAAGAUAUAGAGGGAGAAGAAGAGACGUAUGUGACUGAUAUAAAGGCAGAAGAUAUAGAGGGAGAAGAAGAGACGUAUGUGACUGAUAUGAAGGCAGAAGAUACAGAGGGAGAAGAAGAGACGUAUGUGACUGAUAUAAAGGCAGAAGAUACAGAGGGAGAAGAAGAGACGUAUGUGACUGAUAUAAAGGCAAAAGAUAUAGAGGGAGAAGAAGAGCCGUAUGUGAGGGGUGAUCAGCAGUGUAAGGAGGAGGAGAUCCCUACAUAUAUCAGCACAGCAGAUGGACCCACAAGCAGGAAUAUCUCAGAAGUACAUCUAAUGUUAUCCCUGGAUUGUGACAUAACAGAUAAUGACAGUAGACAGGAUUCUCCAGGAGAUAAUCCCAUUACCCCAAUUAUACAUCCAGCUCUAUCAACUAAUCCCCCUGAUCCUGGGAAAUGUUCUCCUGAUCACUCUGAUAUUGGUGCAUCUAUUACAGCUCUGAGAUUAGAUACAGAGUUUCCCUGUUCUACAGACGCCAAAUGUUUUACACAUAACACAAACCGUAUUACUCAUCAGCCAGCUAAGGCAGGUGAGAGGCAAUUUCCAUGUUCUGAGUGUGGGAAAUGUUUUACAUAUAAAUCAAAUCUUGUUACACAUCAGAGAAGUCACACAGGUGAGAAGCCGUAUUCCUGUUCUGAGUGUGGGAAAUGUUUUGCACAGAAAUCAGGUCUUGUUAUACAUCAGAGAAGUCACACAGGUGAGAAGCCAUUUCCAUGUUCUGAGUGUGGGAAUUUUUUUACAUAUAAAUCAAAUCUUGUUACACAUCAGAGAAGUCACACAGGUGAGAAACCGUAUUCCUGUUCUGAGUGUGGGAAAUGUUUUGCACAGAAAUCAGGUCUUGUUAUACAUCAGAGAAGUCACACAGGUGAGAAGCAGUAUUCAUGUUCUGAGUGUGGAAAAUGUUUUGCACAGAAAUCGAGUCUUUUUACACAUCAGAGAAGUCACACAGGUGAGAAGCCGUAUUCCUGUUCUGAGUGUGGGAAAUGUUUUGCAUUGAAAUCAAAUCUUGUUACACAUCAGAGAAGUCACACCGGUGAGAAGCAGUAUUCCUGUUCUGAGUGUGGAAAAUGUUUUGCAUAUAAAUCGCAUCUUUUUAAACAUCAGAGAAGUCACACAGGUGAGAAGCCAUUUUCCUGUUCUGAGUGUGGGAAAUGUUUCACACAGAAAUCAGCCCUUGUUACACAUAAGAGAAGUCACACAGGUGAGAAGCCAUAUACCUGUUCUGAGUGUGAGAAAUGUUUUGCAUCGAAACCAAAUCUGGUUAAACAUCAGAGAAGUCACACAGGUGAGAAGCCGUAUUCCUGUUCUGAGUGUGGGAAAUGUUUUGCAUCUACAUCAGAUCUUGUUAAACAUCAGAGAAGUCACACAGGUGAGAAGCCGUAUUCCUGUUCUGAGUGUGGGAAAUGUUUUUCAUCUAAAUCAAAUCUUGUUAAACAUCAGAGAAGUCACACAGGUGAGAAGCCGUAUUCCUGUUCUGAGUGUGGGAAACGUUUUACAUAUAAAUCAAAUCUUGUUAAACAUCAGAGAAGUCACACAGGUGAGAAGCCGUAUUCCUGUUCUGAGUGUGGGAAAUGUUUUAGACAGAAAUCAGGUCUUGUUAAACAUCAGCGAUUUCACAGGUGAGAAGCCAUUUUCAUGCUGUGAGAGAAAUAAAUCCGCUCUUGUUGAACAUAUUAGACAUUACCCAAGCACGAAACCAUUUAAAUCUUCUGGAGUAUAAUUACCACUGUCAUGCAAUGUUCCUCAAGGGUCAAUCCUAUCUCCUAUGCUUCAUGCAAUAUACAGUCUGGUCCAUAUAUAUUGGGACAUCGACACAAUUCUCAUAUUUUGGGCUCUAUACACCACCACAAUGGAUUUGAAAUUAAACAAACAAGAUGUGCUUUAACUGCAGACUUUCCGCUUUAAUUUGAGGGUAUAUACAUCAAAAUCAGGUGAACGGUGUAGGAAUAAAAAUGGUUUUUAUAUGUGCCUCCCACUUUUUAGGGGCCAAAAGUAAUGGUACAAACUAAACAAUCCUAAAUCAAAUAUUGUAAAUCAGUAGAUCAGUGCGCUCGUCCAGUUCAACAAAAAAUACUUUACUACUUAAUGUGGUCGCAGCCCGGAUCAGUGUUUCGUGAAUUGAGCUUUGACAUAUUUUCCAAGGGCGAUCUGAUUACCAUCUCCUAGAUGAAGACCUGGAUACAAUAUCCAUACUGAUAUGCAAAUAUUUAUUUAUCUGGUACGCAUAUAAAUUUUGUGAUAACUGAAUUUAAUCCCACAUACGGAAAUAUACUACGCUAUAUAGCGAUUCUUUGUGUCUCCUAGCAGCAUUUAGAUCCCAGUAGUAACCUGGACUAAAGAAUGGGGGACGGAUACGCCAUGUGUCAAGCCGUAAUCCGUACGCUAUAAUAUUCUUGCGUGUGACAAAACUAGUGAUAAGCGGAUUCGGUUUUACUCUGUUCUCAAAACGGCAUCUUAUUGGCUUACAGAUGUCAUGUGUUUUGGAUAGCCAAUAAGAUUCUGUUUUGAGAUCCGAGUAAAACCGAAUCCGCUCAUCACUAGACAAAACUGAUUGAAAAAUACUACACCAUAGUCGCACUCUUGUUUCUUCCUUUGUUUCCAGAAUCCUUAAUCAAACUUUUACUUUUUAAUACUUUGUUGCAAUUCCUUUUGUCAGUUACAGCCUGAAGUCUGGAAAGCAUAGACAUCACCAGACGCUGGGUUUCAUCCCUGGUGAUGCUAUGCCAGGCCUCUACUGCAAAUGUCUUCAGUUCCUGCUUGUUCUUGGGGCAUUUUCUCUUCCGUUUUGUCUUCAUCAAGUGAAAUGCAUGCUCAAUCGGAUUCAGGUCAGGUGAUUGACUUGGCCAUUGCAUAACAUUCCACUUAUUUGCCUUAAAAAAACGCUUUGGUUGCUUUCGCAAUAUGCGUCGGGUCAUUGUCCAUCUGCACUGUGAAGCACCUUCCAGUGAGUUCCGAAGCAUUUGACUGAAUAUGAGCAGAUAAAAUUGCCCGAAACACUUCAGCAUUCAUCCUGCUGCUUUUAUCAGCAGUCACAUCAAUAAAUACAAGGAAACCAGUUCCAUUGGCAGCCAUACAUGCCCACACCAUGACACUACCACCACCAUGCUUCACUGAUGAGCUGGUAUGUUUUGGAUCAUGAGCAGUUCCUUUCCUUCUCCAUACUCUUUUCUUCCCAUCACUCUGGUACAAGUUGAUAUUUGUCUCAUCUGUCCAUAGGAUGUUGUUCCAGAACUGUAAAGGCUUUUUUAGAUGUUGUUUGCAAACUCUAAUCUGGUCUUCCUGUUUUAUUGCUCACCAAUGGUUUAUAUCUUGUGAUGAACCCUCUAUAUUCACUCUUGUGAAGUCUUCUCUUGAUUGUUGACUUUGACACAUAUACACCUAUCUCCUGGAGAGUGUUCUUGAUCUGGGCAACUGUUGUGAUGGGGUUCGUGCUAUUUAGUA